CUCUACCACCGCCCUGUAGCUGCUGCUGUUUGGAAGCUAUGACAACGAUGUUUGAAAGUUCCGUGAAUGGCCUUGAAAAAGAGCAAGUUUUCCUCCGGUAACAUGCACAAGAAGUCUCUGAAAUGUACCGUGUACUUGGACAUUAAGGCAGUCACGUGUCCAGGAGUACUUCUGUCUAAAAAGAAUGACAUCUACCUCAGUGUGUGUAUCAUGGGCCAGCACAGGAAGACGCCCUGUUUGCCCCCUGUCUUUCCUUUGCGCUUCCAUCACACAAUGGUCUUUGUCAGGAUGUUCCCCGGCGUUGUUGACCCUGCUGAUGUAGCUGACCUCCUCGAAGCUGACACAGCAUCUUUUGAGCUGAUUCAGUUGGUGCCUCCAGAGGGUGAGGUUCUAGCCACAGUGGAGGAAACCAGCAGAGAUUUCCUGUACCCUGGUCCAAACUUGAGCUCCAGAGGAGGAGCUGUAGAGAGAGAAAUACUAAUGAAGAGGUCCUCCUCAUUUCCUGGAAUCUCACCCAAAGUGGAGUUUGCCACAACGUCAGUCAUUGAAGAGAGUCAUGGGAGGGACCGCUGGCCUGCAUCGCCUAGCUGCUGUCUUAUUCCAGCGAGGCCAUCUUUAACUUCAUCCAGACUCAGUUCAGCCAUAAAGUCUGAGGGAAACGGUGUCUCUUUGAAACGUGGGAAGGAAAAGUUAAAUGUUGAGAGUGUGUUUACAAACUCUUCAUCGCCGGCAUCAUCCAGACACUCUCCUUCCUCAUCCACCCGCAGUCCUCAGAUAAACAAGGAAAGAAAACACACUUCUCCCAGAGUUUCUGCAGACUGUGGCUACCAGCAGCCCACAGUUUCCUCAAGGACACGAGCCCUGUCUCCUUACACACACCGUAAGAUGUGCCAGCUUUCAGAAGAUGCCAGGCAGAGGCUCAGCCACCUCCAGCUGGGCCCUCACUACUUCAGGAAGGAGACAGAGAGCCAGCCACCCUUUUUGGUCUCUCGCUGCAGUAGUGUCUCUGGAAUGGGAACUCCUUCCACCUCUCCCCAGCAUGGUAGCAUACAUCGACGCUCUGUCAGCUUCUCAGCAGUUCACACAGAUUCUUCCCUCCUGGGGAGUUACCGACCAAGAACAGCCAGAGUGAGAUCUGGCUCUGUCAAGGUCCAGUCAUCCCCAGAGACACAGUCCAGACAUGAAGUCCAGACCAAAAGCCCUGUGAAGGGCGUUGCCUCAGUUCAAUCCACCUGGGCUGUGUCAGACUGCAGAAGUCCUCUGAAUCUCCCCAACCAUUCCCUGAGUGAAAGGUUCCAGACCAGUCAGCCCAGUCCAUCUUACUGGGAGGAGAUCCACAGUCGAAUCCAAAGGAUUCUGCAGACGCACAGAAGCACCUGGGACCACAGAACAUGGUGGAUGUAAGCUGCAGCUGUUAAAGGCUCAACUCUCGCAACACAAAAGAGAGACAAGAGGGUAGCCAAGAGCCACUGGGAGCCAGCAGCCAAGAGAAGCUGAGGAGAUUUAAGAGGAAGAACAAAAUAAAUCCUCAGUGAAAGAGCAGGAGACAAAGACAUUUAGCGUUAACAUAAGCCAGUUUUGCAGUGUGUUUGUAUGCAUGUGCUGUCAGUAAUGACCAGUACAUCUAUGAAAAAUAUGCCUUACUAUAGUUUGUGGUUAAAAUGGGCGUCACUAUAAUGUUGAGCGGCAAAAAACAUACAGAAGAAUAAGAGAACAGGAAAACAAUAGUGUAGAUGCUUACUCAGCAUCCACACUAACUCUGCCUCCUCCUGUGUUAACAUUGUCCUUCCCAUUUGAUGCAUAUGAAGAAAUACAGUUUGUAGGUACCACAAUGUCAGUUUAUUUGUAUAUUUUGUUAAAUUUUUCUUCCAUCUUAAAUACAACAGUAUAUCAUUGCAAGUUAUGUACAAAUUUGAACUUGCCUUGUACUAUUAGCAGUGAUUCAGUUUCAAACAUUGCUCUGAGUGAAGUUUCACUUUAGCUACAUGCUAGUCAUUCAUAGAUCUCAAUGCGAUUGCAAUUGUAGCAAUGGUCACCUGCAGCUCCUCCUCUCUGGGCUGACAGUCCGUUUGUGGCGUUUGUUUCCAGAAAUAUCAAAAAC